GUAAUUUUUCUGAAGGAAUCCACUACAUAUGCCAUCCCGCUUGUUGUAAGGAUGUCCUUAUUCUAGUUUUAGUUUGAAUUUACUAGCUUUAUUCAAUCGUACUUUCCGUCAUCCAUCUGUUUAAGCAAUAUUCAGUGAGAGUAAUUUUCGUGGAUUCAUAUUAGCUUCGCUCGAUCUUACAAAUGUCUGGAUUUAGCCGAGAACUUGUUGAUUAUCUGGAAGGGAAGAUUUCUUUUGAAGAAUUUGAAAAGCUAAGAGAGGAGAGAAAGGAGAAAGAUAAGGAGUGUGAUGAUGGUGUCACAGAAGAUGAAGGUGAAAACCUUCAUUCAGAAAAGGUGUUUCCCAGUACAUCUAAAGAGUGUACAAGGAAAUUUUCACCCUCUCAAAGAGGUUCAGCUCUGGAGGAAGAUGGUGUUAGCCCAUCAGUGAAGCGGGCAUUUGCUUCCAUGCUGGGGGAAGGAGAAGAAGAAGAUGAUGAUGAAGAUGGUGAGGAAGAUGAUAAUGAGGAGCAUAUGGAAACUGUUUCUGCUGGAGAAGUUUUUGCUCUAGAAAUGGAGUUGAACCGUGAGAACAAGAAGAUGAUGAAGGAAAGGAGACAUCGCAGCAAAUUACCAAGAGCUCUGAGGGGUUUGAUGGGGGAGGCCAAUAUCCGGUAUGCCCGUGGAGACAAAGAAGAUGCAAUCCUAAUGUGCAUGGAAAUAAUAAGACAAGCUCCUCUUGCCUAUGAGCCUUUUUCAACCUUGGCAAUGAUAUAUGAGGAUCAAUGUGACAUGGAAAAAUCUCUGCAGUUUGGUCUUAUUGCUGCUCACCUGAAUCCUAGCAACCGUGAGGAAUGGGUCAAACUGGCAGAUAUGUCUCUUGAACAAGACAAUAUAAAGCAAGCCAUCUUUUGCUAUUCUAAAGCAAUCAAAUAUGAUCCCAGCAAUGUCCGUUACCUGUGGGAAAGGUCCAGUCUCUAUGAACAGAUUGGAGAACAUAAGCUUGCUAUGGAUGGCUAUCGCCGAAUUCUCAAUUUAUUGCCCGAUAGUGAUGGAGAACAUUUUAUGCAGCUUUCAAGAGAUAUGGCAAAGAGCUAUUAUGAAACAAAUGAUAUUGCAUCAGCAAUUGGAGUGAUGGAGGAAGCACUCAGUAAACACCCAAAUCUUGUCACGGUUGAGGCAAUCAACAUGGCUGCAGAGCUUUAUAUUUCUAAUAAGCAGUACAGCAAGGCUUUAGAGGUGAUGUUGAAGUUUUGUGAAAUUUCUUUAGAAAUUAACACAUCAAAAAAGGAAGAUAACGAGGAUGAUGGUGGUACAGAGAAAAUGUAUAACUUAGAGAUGCCAGAAAAUCUGCCUAUAGAUAUCCGUGUAAAGCUAAUGGUUUGCCUUAUCCAUCUGCAAAUGCUUAAGCCACUAGAUACAAUGCUGACUUCCUUAAUGGAGAUGAGUCCAGAAGAGAUGGGAGAUCUUUACCUUGAUGUAGCUGAGGCAUUUUUGGAGAUUGGAGAGUACAAUUUGGCUCUCCCACUUCUUGGUUCCCUUGUUUGUUCUGAAAGAUAUAAUUUGCCAGUUGUCUGGCUCCGACAUGCAGAGUGUUUGAAGGCCCUUGGACACAUGGAAGUGGCUGUAGAGAGCUACACCAAGGUUGUAGAGAUGGCACCAUUACACUUGGAUGCACGUAUUUCACUGUCAACUCUUCAGCAACAGUUGGGGCGUGCAGAGAAGGCACUUGAAGCUCUGGAACCUAUGUAUGAUCCUGAGACAUUGGCACAGGACUCAAGUGCAGCACAGCAGGAGCUAAAAUUACUUUUGCAUCGCUCUACUUUGCUCAAGUCUCAAGGAAAGAUGUUUGAUUAUGUGGAUACAUUGCUUACAAUGCUUGGCAUGCUUUUAAAGGUUGCUAUGAACAGGGCCCAGGUUUGCCUUAUAUCAAGCUCUCGUUCGGGAGAAAGACACAUAUAUUUAAUAAAAGUGCCCCGUGAUAAAAUAUCAGACAUUGAUGAUCAAGAGGCUGCUUAUCUUGAUGUGAUAGGUAAAACAAAUGUUUUGACAAAAGACGACUGGUGGCAGCUUGUUCUGAAGUCUAUCUACACUCUUUGUGAAUUGAAACGAUUCAAGGAGGCAGAGCUUUUAGUUGAUUCAUCUCUUGAAUACUAUUCCUUCUACGAUGAUCGUAUAAAGAGGAAAGAACUUGAAUACUUUGGUUUGUCAGCUGCAAUACUGGACAAAAAUUUCCGUAAAGCAUACAACUACAUACGGUUGAUGCUGAUGGAUAAUGUAGACAGUCCACAGCUAUGGAAUAUAUUCAACCAGAUCACCAUGCACUCACAGGAUGUAAGACAUCAUCGUUUCUGCUUACGUCUUAUGCUCAAGUAUCCUGAGAAUCAUGCUCUCUGCCUCCUCAAUGGCCACAAUGCUUUUGUAUCUGGUAGUUUCAAACAUGCUCUAGGGCAGUAUGUUCAAGCUUUCCGAGCUAACCACACAGAUCCACUUCCAAACCUUUGUGUUGGCCUUACCUUUAUGCACAUGGCAUCUCAGAAGUUUGUUUUAAAGCGUCACCCACUGCUUUUGCAGGGAUUUGCCUUUCUAAACCGUUACUUGGAGAUAAGGGGACCAUGCCAGGAGAGCUUCUACAACAUAGGAAGGGCUCUUCAUCAACUAGGUCUGAUUCACUUUGCUAUCCACUACUAUCAGAAGGCUUUGUCCUGUCCACCAACACAACUAGAGGGUAUCGAACUGGACCAGAUUGACCUGUGCAGAGAAAUUGGCUACAAUCUGAGCCUUAUCUACCAGAAUUCUGGAAAUAUUGACAUGGCAAGACAUAUCGUCACAAAGUAUUGUAUUAUUUGAGCUGAGGUCUGCAUUCUUGCCAGAGAGCUUUGGAUACCUAAUUUUGCUCCAUAUAAAGAAGACUUAUUAUACCAGUCUGAAAAAACAUGUAAAAGCGACCAUUAUAAACUGAGGCAACUUAAAAAUAAUGAAAAAUGACUACAGUUAAAACAGUGGAACAGACUUAGUCACAUUGCACAACUUGUUAAAAAAAGAUCAAGGAAAUAUGCUGCUUGAAAGAAUUGGAGUUAUAAAGGCUGGACAUUAAAAGGGUGGUGGUAUGUAUGCUUUAGGCCAUUAAAAUCAGUUCACAAGUCCAUUGUGUGAUUUGGAUAAGUCAAUUCAGUGAUUUUGGAAAGUAGGGGCCUAUCCUGGCAGUAUUGCAUACAGAUUUUUUUUUUUUUGCACAUAGUACAUAUUGAAAAACUGCCUUUCUGAACAGAAAAAAUGUGUCUUUACUAAUGAAAUCACUUAAUAACUACAAUUUUUAUGUAUAUCAACAAAUCACUAUCUUUUAUACUGUUGCUUCAUUUACAAACAAGGUGUGCUCUGAGUAUUUUAUUUAUCUUUGAGGCCAAUCCCUACCAUCUUCUCUUCUUUAGAAGAAAAAUUAAUUAACUGUACAUAGUGUUAUACAGUACUUCUAGAAUUUUUAACAUUAUUGAAUAUUGUAGUAUGUAAAUAAUGUCUUUAUUCAUGUACAAUAUAUACAAUACAUUUUUUUAUUUGGAAUUGGGAAUACCAAUGUGUACUACAUAGAAGGUUCUCAAUCCAUGUGAUUUGUGUCCAAAUAUUGAUUGUUGACUGUUUAAUUUAAUUAUUUAUAAUCAUGCAAACCUAAACACGUUUUAAAGAGAUAAUGUACAAAAACUAGUUUGACUGCACUAAUGGGGCUGAGCCCUAGCUUUGUCCUUAUUGUAAAAUAAUAAAUACAAGUAAUUUUAUAUGUGAUCAGUUAUUUUGAACAGCAGCAUUUUUGGGUGUCACACAAGAGAAUCAAUUGUUUCUUAUCUGUUUGUGAUGAAUCUUGUUUGACAUGUUGCACAUCCACCUGUCUGAUGUGGCCAUCUUGAGACAGAAAAUUGCUAACUUCUGCCGAUUUUAUGUGCCAUCUCUAGUCACUUACUCCUUUUUUUAAGAAAAUUGAGAAAGUUUGAAGUAUGAUAGAUGAGGACAAGAUGUUAUCUUUACAGGUGUUAUCAUAGCAAAUUGCUUUGACUAAUGAAUGCACAUGGUCUGAUUUCAAUAUUCUCUGAUAUAUAAUCUGACUUUUAAGAAGCCCUGACUUCAGCAAAGAAAGCUAGUUCCUGAAUGAUCAGCACAAGCAGUAACCAAGUGGUGUUAUUGAUUUUGGUUAUUAAAAUAGAUUUUAUUUAUUUAAAAUGUUAAGAUUCAAAAAAUGUCUGCUGCCUGCUGCAUUUAUGGUAAUGCCUCUGAAGAUAGCAGAAGUAAGUAUCACCUUUUUUUUUUUUUUUUUUUUUAAACUCCUGGAAAUCCUGGAGGUUAGUUAUUGAUAAGAAUAUCUUCCAAAGUCUCCAUUGCUUCAUGGCAGUUACAUUCUGUUAGUUACCAGCCUUAAUUUUGGUUUAAAACUUCUACUGUGCUUUAGAACUUCUGAAGAUUCUAAAACCACCCUAUGUAAGCAAGUCUGCUGUCUUCUGACACAAUAUGUGCACUAU